GGGGGAGUAGAAUGACAACACGUAGACCUCUUCAGAUAGGCAUUUGACGACGGUCGUGUUACCUCUAGUCCACAAGCUUUCUCUUCAUCACUAACUUUUUAUAUAUAUAUAGGCCUAUAUAUAAAGCUUUAGCACGUGUACUCUAUUAUGUAGGCUAUUAUGUAGGCAAAGUGCAUUAAACGCGCAGGUGGACAUUUAAGCGAAUUCUUUCAAACUCUUGAAAGGUUUUAUACGAAGUUUGCUGUUGACGGGAGUGUAAUUUAUGGCAGCGCCAAAUCGCUAUAGACGAGUGAGAUCUCAACUGCCAUCAUGCUAUUACGAAGGCUUUCUGGAAAAAAAAACAAUCAAGGACAAGAUGGGUCGUAAACUCUGGACCAGUUUAUGUGGCAGUUCACUCUUUUUCUACAAUAACAACAAAGACAGUGUUUAUAUAGAGAAGCUGGAGCUCUCUGAUCUCGUCUCUGUAUCAGAUGACUGCUGUCGGGACCGAAACCUGGACGCUGCUAGAUUCACACUGCACAUGAAAAAUGAAGACAUCAAAAUGAUUGCCCCCAGCCUUGAGGCUCGAGAACUGUGGAAAGGCUUCAUGCUCUCAGUUUCAAAGCUAUCUGUGCCAAGUUCUCUGAACCUGCUGCCUGGCCAGAUUCACAUGAUGAAGGAAAUAAUAGAGAAAGAGAAAAUAAGGCAGCGGAUUCUUUCAUCUGUGCCGCCACCCUCGUGUUCUGACAAUUAUGUUACUGUACAGUCAGACAUGCCUUCGUGUUAUCAUAAUGUCACCCGUGUCGAAGCUGAAUACCUAUUGGAAAGGAACGCUAAUCGGGGAAGCCUACUGCUGCGGCCGGGUCAUGAUGGGACAUCGUUUGCUCUCACUACGCGCCAAGAUAUUAACGGACCAGUAUUCAGACAUUACCGUGUGUCUCGGAGGCACGAAGGAGGUUUCGCCAUUGCCCUUGAGACUCCUAUCACAUGUGAGACCCUGCAUGAUGUCAUUAACUGCCUGCUGGAGAAGACCAAUGGGGUUUUGGUGCCUCUUCUGAUGGAGGAACACUAUGAGAAAAAUAUAACAUUUGUUGAGACUGAUAAUGAGAAUGGCGAGAGAAGUCUGCAUUGUCCCAAAGUCCCUUCACCUACUCCUCCAGUGCCACCCCAAAAACCAGCAUUGGCUGUGAUUGAUAAUGAGAAUGAUGAGGUAAUUGUUCAAUGUCCCAAAGUCCCUUCACCUACUCCUCCAGUGCCACCCCCAAAACCAGUCCUAAACACACAGGAAAGCACCUACAUCAAUGUCUCAGAUGCUGGAGAGUAUGAGGUGGAUCAAGCAGCAUGUCCUCCACCUCCUGUCCUGCCACGUCUUUCAGGGCGACAUUUACCGCAUCAGAAUUCAAUGACUCAUGAUCUGAACAGCAGUUCAGACAUUGAAAGGAAAGCUUUGGUACCUCCCGGCUACUCUAAACCAACUUCCCGAAGCAACAGUUUGUCAGGCAUGCCUAAGAAUAUUCCCAAGUCUCGACAACUUGUUGACUUGAAUGAGCUCCAAGAGGUUCUUAACAGGAGACGAAACCAGGAAUAAAUGUAAUCUCAAUAAUAAUGGUUUCAUUGUGGAACAAGGAAUAAUUCCUUAGUAUUAAUCUAGACCAGCAGAUAUAUGGAUAUACAGCUUCACUCACCUGAACACUGUAUCUGAGAUAUUUGCCCACUGCUGUCCAAUCGGAUCAACAAAUAGGCCCUUGUAUCAAAUGUUCUUUAUUGAUCCUUUCAGCAUUAUGAUGUAUUAGUUAUCGCAAACAUUUAUUAGAGUAACAUAUUGAUCAUCAUGUGUCGCAUUGUGUAGCUGCUGACUGUAAAUCACUACUGUUGUUUGUGUAGUACAUCUUAUUGAUGUUCUGUUGAUUUAUGACAGGUUAUUCAGAUGAAAAGUCAUAUAUAAAUGUUUUGUUUUGAAUUCUUUUGUGUCAGAUAGCUGGUCUACGUCUCUUUUCUCUGUCUCUGAUCAUAUAAAUAUCAGGCUUGCGAUAACAAUGACAAAUGGUUGUUGAAUUUGCUAUGUGGGGAAGUUGCAGGUCUUCUUUCUCCAGAUAGAGAAACAGAUCAAACAUAUGUUGUUUUCUGUUCCUGUUAAAACAUGUUUUAUACUAUAAAAUUUGAGACCAAUAUGACGAUCAUGGAAAAA